GCCGCGGGGCUGCCGUGGCGGAGGGGAACUCCCGCGCAAUCCCCGGGCGAGAGCCGGGGCGCACCUCGGGGUUCCCUGGUCCGUCCGGGGGCGGAGGCUCGGCCAGGCUGCAGACUCAGGCCUGCCCCGAGCGCCCGCCCGCGCCGUCCCCGCCCCUCGGCAGCCGCCGCCUCCGCCUCCCGGCAGCCCGGGACGCGCCCGGCCGGCGAGCGAGCGGCCGGCGCUGCUCCCUGUCCGGCGCACUCACUUCCGCGUCCCGCCGCCUGGGCCGCGAACCCAGCCGCCGCCAUCGCACACCCGGCCGCCCCGGGACCCAGCUGCCGAGACUCCCGCCGCGGGGAGCCGCCCGCGCCCCCGCCCCGCGUCGCAGGACCCCGGCUCUGGCCCCAGGAAGCCCCGGAGGACCGAGCGCGCGCCUGCUGCCGCCACGCUGGGCUCGGCGGGAUCCGGCCGGCAGUCUCCGCAGGCUCCGGGCCGACCCGGCCCCAGCCCAGCGGAUGCCCUGUGCGUUUCCAAGUUCGGGUGCCUAAGGUGGAUGCGAUUUUCCUUUUCUCUCUCUCUCCCUCUCUCUUUUUUCUUCUUUUUCUUUCUAUGAUUUGGAAAAGAGAAAAGAACUCCGCAGAGCAGGCCGGGACAGCUGAGCGCCAACUGCCCCCACGUGGACGCUCUCUAGGGCAAAAGUUGGAAGGAAACUUGGUCCAGCUGGUCCGGAGGCCUUAACUUUGACUGGACUCUUAAGGCCUAGAGUCAUGACCCUCACAUCGGGCAGGUGGAAGUCUUUACCUGUCCUGGGCUGGACUUGAGCUCUGGCCCUUUGCCCGCACCCUCUCUGCACCCCUGCCCCACCACACUCAUCCCUGGCACCUGGGCUAGGCCUGGACACUGAUCUGCAACAUGGAUAAGUAUGAUGACCUGGGCCUCGAGGCCAGUAAAUUCAUUGAGGACCUGAAUAUGUAUGAAGCCUCCAAGGAUGGGCUCUUCCGAGUGGACAAAGGUGCAGGCAACAACCCUGAGUUUGAGGAGACACGCAGGGUGUUUGCUACCAAGAUGGCCAAAAUCCACCUCCAGCAGCAGCAGCAGCUCCUGCAGGAAGAGACCCUUCCCAGGGGAAGCAGAGGCCCUAUCAAUGGUGGGGGCCGCCUGGGCCCACAGGCCCACAGGGAAGCUGGUGUGGGCAGCAAGCUGACUGUGGAUGGGGCUGCCAAGCCCCCUCUUGCUGCCUCCACAGUGGCGCCUGGGGUCACCACCACGAGUUCCACUGGGCAACCCACAUUCCCACCCCAGGAGCAGAGGGCCAGGCCACAUGUCCAUGGCACAAGGCCUGGUAGCCAGGACUGUGGUUCCGGGGAGGGCCUACUGAGUUCUGAGAGGUCUGCUUUCCACCAUCCCUGUGAGGAUCCUUCCUGCCUCACUCAUGGAGACUAUUAUGAUAACCUCUCUUCGGCAAGCCCAAAGUGGGAGGACAAACCAGGAGUGUCUUCCAGCAUUGGCCUGGGUGUAGGGAGUGGGUGGCCUGGUCCCUCAGGGAGUGACUCCUCACUGCCCAGACCCUGUGGGGACCAUCACCUGUACCAGCCACAGCUCUCCCUGAGCUCCAGCAAAUCUUUUGAGGGUGGCCAAGAUGGUGGUGUUGGUGGCUGCAGUAGUGAGAAGCCAGCAGGACUUUGGUCCACUGCCUCCUCCCAGAGGGUGAGCCCGGGCCUUCCUUCCCCAGGUUUGGAAAAUGGGGCCCCAGUUCAGCCCAGGAAUCCUAUUUCAGCACCCCAGGCCCCCAACUGCCCCACUCAAGGAACUCUUUCAAGGACAAACUUGGGGCUGGGUUGUGAGAUCUCAGGUGUGCUGUCCAAACCCACCGUGGACCCUCAACCCUGGUUCCAGGAUGGGCCUAAAUCUUACCUUUCUAGUUCUGCCCCAUUAUCAGCAGCUGGCAAGGACAGUUCACAGCUAGGUAAGGUCCCUGGGUUGGGACUGAAGUCUGACUGCGCAGACCUUGGCACUGGUCCCAAGAUCAGUACCCCCAACCUUGUCCAUCCGGUGAUGUCCACUCUGCCUGAGUUAUCUUGUAAAGAGGGUCCUCCCAGCUGGUCUCCUGACAGUAGCCUAGGACCUGUGCUCCCAGAGAGCCCCAACUCUUCCAGGGUGAGGCUGCCCUGCCAAACUCUGAUCCCAGGGCCUGAGCUUGGCCCCUCUGCUGCGGAAUUGAAAUUAGAAGCCCUCACCCAGCGUCUGGAGCGAGAGAUGGAUGCUCACCCAAAGGCUGAUUACUUCGGAGCCUGUGUGAAAUGCAGCAAAGGGGUGUUUGGGGCUGGCCAGGCCUGCCAGGCUAUGGGGAACCUCUACCACGAUGCCUGCUUCACCUGUGCGGCUUGCAGCCGGAAGCUGAGAGGAAAAGCCUUUUAUUUUGUCAAUGGCAAAGUGUUUUGUGAGGAAGACUUUCUGUACUCUGGCUUCCAGCAGUCUGCUGACAGGUGUUUUCUUUGUGGACAUCUGAUCAUGGACAUGAUCCUACAGGCCCUGGGGAAGUCCUACCAUCCUGGCUGUUUUCGCUGUGUGAUCUGUAAUGAAUGUUUGGAUGGGGUGCCCUUCACCGUGGACUCAGAGAACAAGAUCUACUGUGUCCGAGAUUACCACAAGGUGUUGGCCCCCAAGUGUGCAGCCUGCGGACUUCCCAUCCUUCCACCUGAGGGCUCAGACGAGACCAUCCGUGUGGUGUCCAUGGACAGAGACUACCAUGUGGAAUGCUACCACUGCGAGGACUGUGGUCUGGAGCUCAAUGAUGAAGAUGGUCACCGCUGCUACCCACUGGAAGACCACCUGUUCUGUCACUCCUGCCAUGUCAAGAGGCUGGAUAAAGGCCCCUCGUCUGCAGCCCUCCACCAGCACCACUUCUAGCCAGUCACUUCCAGAACUCCUGGUGGGAUUGAGGGGCCAGGCUGCCAAAGGAGACAUCUGCCUUUUACUUCUGGUGGCCCCUGGGGUGGAGUUGGGGUAGAGGAAGAGGAGAGCAAGUGGCGAGUUCCUGCAGGUGUGGGGUUCCCUUCUUUAACCAGGGAGGUGCCCUGCCUGUCUGGUGUAUGUAUUUUCCAAGUGCUUUUCUCCAUUGCCACGUCCUCAUCAGGUGACUCAGGAAGUCACUCCAGUGUGUGCAUGCCAACAGUUCCCACUUCAGUGGGAGAGUUUUGCAUUGAUCGCAUUCCCAGUAUGCCCUGAAGUGACAGCUCACCAGCCAAGUUCAGCCCCUCCCCUCUUUUAGGAAAAUACCUUCACCCAAACACCCCUUCAUACCCACGCACCCUCAAGGCAUGAUGUAAGGCUGCUUUCCACCCAGCUUCAGUACUUCCGGGAGUGGCUGCAGACUUUAAUCGCAUUAUGGCAAGAGAAGCUCUAAUCCGGGCUUUGUGUCCUGGGAAGCAUUUGCUUGGACCACCAGGGCCAAGAUUCCAGACACCUGAGCCCAGGCUCCUCCUCGGGCUCUGAUUGCGUACAGUGCCCCUCCAGUCUUCUCUCCUGAGGCAGGGCGUGGUGUUGGCCCCCGUCCUUGUGAAGUGUGCUUUGGGAGGAGACCUUGGUGCAGGCACCAGGACUCUCUUCCCACCUGUUUGUGCUGUUUUUCUUGGAGCUCUUGAGGUCUGUGACUCUGGAGCCACUCCUGCAGGGCAAGUCUCUGGAUCCCAUGUGGAGACAUCUCUGGCACCUGUUUUAGCUAAUUUAAUGAUGGCCUUUUUGAAAGUCCUGCCCACAUGCAGAGGGAGAGCUCCUUAGAAACAAGGAGAGUUUGUGUGUGUGUGAGAUCUGUAAGCCGGGCCGCAGGCAGUGCCUGGGGGGUGAGUUAUUCACUUCAGAGGUUUCACCCUUGCCCACUUCUUGGCAGAUGUGAUGUUUGAAGAAACCAACAUAAGGUACUCUGCUUUGGCCUAUUUUUUUUUCUUUUAAUUGUUUCUGUCCACUUUGAGUCUUCCACACACACAAAAUACCUCACAGAUAGAGCUUCACCAAAUUGCAUUUUCAGGAGGGAUUUGGCAAUCACAAUGGACUGGGAUACCUCCUUGGGUGUGUUAGGAAUCGCUGGCUUCACCUGUCAGACUCCAGUUGGUCAGGGUAGCAUAAGCAUAACUAAGUAGCAGCUGGGAAUAGAUCUGAUGGAAAUUUGGCCACUACCCAUAUGCAUUUCAGCAUACUGGCUCCUGGGUGGUGAAGGCUGAACGAGGACCACAUGCUGGCAAGAUUUCAAGAUCACCUGAAAAGGCAAAAUUUGUCCUCCAAGUCACACCGCUGAGGCCAGAGGAUAAUUUGAAUGGGAGAAGCUAAAAAGAAAAACGAAACAAAUAAUACAAAAAUACUGGUUGUCAUUGUUCUCUUCUGUGACAGAGUGCUGGGUGUCUCACUGCUUCCAGCCAGACCAGGCCAUGGCUCUGGCCUCUGGACUCUACAGAGUCCUGUCCUCACACCUGGAGUGGACUGUGAAAAGUGGUCAGUGCCAUUGCUGGCACAAGUGAAUGCAGACUUUCCACCAGGCCUGGCUCUACCUGUGGGCCAUGUUUGGACUCACUGGCAGCCAUUGUCGGUGAGAAGCACAGAAUCGGCACUAUGCAUUCAUUAUCUUUUCCAUUUCCUUUGACCAGAUGACACGCCUCAGUUCCUGUUCCCAGGCUGAACCUCCUAAAAGCCCAUGAAUGUGGGGUUGUGGUGUGGACCCAGAGGCUGGGACAUUGUCUUCUGAACAAGCCAUCCAGCUUGGCUUUGGCAAGGCUGGUGGGGAACACAGCUAACCACUGGGUCUUAACCUGGCUGCAUGCGUCAGCUUAGUAAUGUUGGCCUUGUCAACACACCUUUGUUCCACUUUUGAGCCAAGCAGAGUGAAGAAAAUUCUGUUGGAAUCACUAUCAGAACUAGCAGGGAUUUGUUUGCCUAUUGAAUAAUUAGAUUAAAACUCUCCGAUUAAUAUUUUGAAUGAAAUUUUUUUAAAGUGACCUUGAUAGAGGUAUUUCAGAUGUAUUUGCAAGUACAUAUUAUGUUGCGGAAAAAGUACAAUAAAGAAAUUUCCAGAUGUCCUAGAAAUCCUAGCAGUGGACUUCUCUGAUUGUCCAUUUCUCUGGAAAGGGCACUGGGUAGUGAAUUAGUCUUGUCUGUCUCCACCUCAGGCCCUUGCAUGAAAGCCAUGAAGAGAUGUUUGCCUAUCUGGUAUUUUAAAAGUUACAUAAAUUAUUAGCCAAAUAGAACUGUAAUGGAGUUGUAUUUAUGGGCAUAUAGGAAGAAAACAGGAUGAAUACAUUUGUUUUGAAUGUUAGAGAAAAUAGCCUUUUGUAGUUUCCUGAACAGUUCUUGGAUUUUAGACAAAACAAGGAAGAUGAAGUCCUGAUCCCAGACCCCAGAGUGAGCCUCCAUCCUUCUCUCUUGUGUCAUUUUGCCUUAAGAUUUUUUUUUUUUUUUUUUUUUUUUUUUUUUUUUUUUUUUUGCACCAUCUCAUGUUCCUCUCUUUUUUUCCUCCUGUGAGCUUGAAUCAUUCAAAAGCAACCUGGGUGAUCUAAAAAAAUCUGAUAACCCAGUUUGGUCUGUCAUGUAAGGAUUCUCUCUCAUUCACUGUUUCUCCUGCUCAUGAUCAUCUGCUUUGUUUACCUCUUACUGCAUAAGGGCACUCAUUCUCAGCCAGGUUGUUCCCUGCACAUGGCAGCAGGCAGGACUCUCCACUUCUCAAUUAUUAAUAUCUGAGUGUGCUCUCCUGCUGCUGAGAACCUCUGAGAUUCUGCUUUUGAGUCCUGGGUGGCAGAUAGAAGAACCAGGGCACUCUGAUCAUCUUCAAGUGCUGUCAUUGCCUUGUUUCUGGGUCCUGAGUCACACGGAUGAAAAGCAGGAUUGGGAGGACUUGAGAGAGUUGCUCAGAAUUCACAGUCCACUGCGUUCCACUAAAGGCUGCUCUUGUGUGCCAUUCCUGUGCUUGUGUGAGUAAGGCUGCUAGUCCCUUGCAGAGAAAGUGUGUGGAACGCUACACCAAACAGCGGUUGCUGGAGGCACUUAUUAAAAUAUGGUCUGCCAGGAAACCAAAUUAUUUUUGUACUUUCCUUUGCUAAGAAUCAGUCCUAAGAAGCCAGGCAUGGUGGUACAUACCUGUAUCCCAGCAGCUCUGGAGACCGAGGCAGGAGAAUCACGAGUUCAAAGCCAGCAUUAGCAAUUUAGUGAGGCCCUAAGCAACUCAGCGAGACCUUGUCUCUAAAUAUAAAGUACAAAAAAAGGUUGGGAAUGUGACUCAGUGGUUACAUACCCUGGGUUCAAUCCCCAGUACCAAAAAAAAAAAAGAAUCAGUCCUAAUUUCCUAGUUAGUAUUUGAAGUAACUUUAAAGUAACAGAAAAAGAAAAUGAGUAAAAUGUACUAGAUAUCUUUUGUUCUGAGCCAAAACUGGACAGAUGUGGGAAAUCUCCAUAUAGUUAUGAAAGUUUUGCUGUAUAGGGAAAUUAUUUUCCUCUUUGUGUCUUUCAUUAUAAAAUUAUUCAAAGUAUUGCAAUGAUAAAACUGAAUCAUUUUGUAGGCUAUUAAAGUGUUGUCUAACAUA